AUGGAUUUGCGAAAACGGCCGCUGGCUGAGGCAGAUGUAGCGAUCAAGGGCCUGCAAAAGAAUGCUGAGAUGGAAAAGUUGAGGUCGAAGAUUCGUGAGACUCCAUAUUACCGCAUGCGGUGUAUACAUACAACUACCAAAUUGACUCGGCCGAUUACAAGACCGAAUUGCUACGGGGACUGCAGUUGUUUCGCGAAGAAGUACUCGAAUGACUCCUACCGAAGAAGAAUGAAAGCCUAUUGCGAUGAACGUCACGACGUGGACGCUGCGAAAUUUCGGUGGGCGGAAGAGUGUUUAUGA